CCCGCCACACAUACCGUUUAACAACGGUCAGAUUUUGUCCUCGUGUGCCCAGACAACAGACGUUGUUGACGUUAAAUAACCACCGGCCACGGCAUUCUAUUUUUUUACCUAUGUGAAAAAUAUUUUAUCGAGUUUUAAAGUUACACAAUAAUUGUGAAGCGUACACACGGACUAUGCGAAUUAAUUAUAAUGUGCAAAAGUGAUAUUUUAUUAUGGGAAACUUUGGUAGAUUAUUACGAAUGCUUAUGAUAAGGUCAGCAUUAUGAACCAAGCAAAUUCUAGAAACAUGGAAUCGUUACCGAAGCAGUUCGUUUCGGCAAUGCGAACUUUAUUUGAUAUUAUGGACGACAAACGUACAGGAUAUGUGAAGGUAACAGACAUUGAGAAUCGUUGGCGUGAUGAUCGUACCAAGGGCUUGCCUCGCGGUGUCAUAGAAAGCCUCCAAAAGGUCGCCUCCCACGAUGGUUUAUUAACAUUUGAGCGCUUUUGUACUGGCUUAAAAAUAUGCCUCUUACAAAAUCAAGUACAAAGCACUUCGGACAAAAUAGACAGACAUAAUGACGGAGUUGAAAAAUCAGUUAUGCAUAGACAAAUGAGUGCGCAAAUGCACCGCCCUCCUUCGGCUCCUUUACUGGAUGUUAAUGAUGCGCCAAUCCUAGAGAGAAACUGGAAUGUAAUAAAAAGCUCCGAGGCCUCAGCCCAACAGAGAACUAUAAGUAUGCCACAGUUGAUCGGACGUAAAGAAGUUCCAGUACAAGAGUUGAGACAUACUUCCGUAUCGAUACCGAAACAUGAAAACAGAGUGUACGGUCCCCCCAAACCUCCAAGAUUGGAAAAGAAUUUAACAGACAGAAAGGAGACUUCUCGUUCUACUUAUAAGUCAGAGGAGGAAGUUGUAUUCGAUACCGAAGAAAUUCCUGACAACAAAAUAAAUUUUGACGAAAUAUCUCGAGUAGUGGAGGAACAGAGCAGAGGACUUGGAGACGGACGAUCGGCAAACGAAAGCCAGCCCAACAUGCGACGAACUAAUCGCCGACGAGAACCACGGCGGCAUACCUUGCACAACGGCGUCGACUACAACCUUCUGAAACGAAUGAAACAAAUUGAGCAAGAGAAAGACAUCUUGCUGCAGGGAUUGUCUGCGGUAGAAGAAGCUCGCGAAUGGUAUCUCAAGCAAUUAUCAGAAGUCCAGGAAAAGAUGCGCUACGCAGGGCGUAUGGGAGCGUACGUGGAGCCGUGGAGUGAAGCUCAUCAGGAGCGACUGGAGUUGCUACGAGCGCGAGUGUUGGAGCUGAACCGUCAGCUGGGCGCGCUGGCGGCGGGCUGGCGCCACGGGCCGCUUUCCCUCCACAUGAACUUGGCUUUACCAGCGGCAUCGCUCUCUGGAGCACCCACCACUCCUAACAAAGCUACCGUGCUUCGUUCGCAGAACCGCAUGCUUGCCGAGGAAGUAAACCGUAAAAAUGAAAGGAUAACAGUGUUGGAGAGAGAAAAGUCUGCAUUGAUACGCGAGCUUUUGCUUCAGAGGAACAAAGUCAAACUUAUGGAUAAUUUCUCAUAGAUAAUUGGCCCCGAUUCCUGCAGACACCUCCUAAUUUUAUUUUAAGUUAUACCCGUCAUUUUCUUAUCCCCCGAAAAGGAAAGGGACGGAUGAUUGUCAACAAGUUAAUUAUAAAACGAAUGAAUAACCCGAGCGAAUAAAUAGGUAAGAUCGCUGGUAUUGUAAUCCGUUUGACGUGCUGUCCACUUAACUCUUUCGGGUUAUUGGCUGAUGUAAAUUUUUUAGACGUAUGUUUUAGAUUUCUGCUUAAAAUUGACGUGUAUUCCAUAAAUUUUAUGCCUGUCGAUUACCCGUCCCUUUCUUUUCCAACGGAUAAGAAAAUGACAGGUAUAACUUCAAAUAAAAUUAGAUGGCGUCUGCAGGAAUUAGCACCAAUGUAUUUGUGUAGUACCACAAAUGUAAAUCAUCUGCACGGGUCAGUGACCUCUGUAAUAAUGUCACUCUUUGGAGCAAUGUUUUGUUAUAGAGUUCAAUGAUAUAGCUAUAUUCUGCAUUCUGCAAGUGAUACAAGAUAGAGCCUUUUGUGAAAGUUGUUUUAAUAUAACCACUAAUAAUAAAAAGUAAAAACACAACACAAAGGUACAGAUAAAGAAGUGUCAUAUUAGUAAAAGAAUAAAGAAUGUAAGUUACUUACAGGUGCUAUAAAAAUCUUGCCUGAGCAACAAUUUGCCUCAAUUCUGUCUUUAAUUAUAGCCAUAAAGUGUGUAAGUGUAAUAUAACAUAAUCUCAUAUAUUCGAACCUUCAUAGACAAAAUGUGUCAAUACAUUUGCAUUAAGAGUUUGCGUGAAAAAAAUAGGUAAUAUUGUUAAUGUUAUAUGAGAAUACUCCAAUAUACUUACUCAAAGCAUAAUAUCCUAAUAUGCUUUGUAAAAAUGUAGAAUAGUGCCAUAUAUUUUUAUACAUAGAUGAAUGCUUUUUAUAUUAUUUGUGUGCAAUGAAAGAAUUUUAUUAUUUUAUUUAUACUUUUACUUUAUUAAACUAAUGACAUACUCUAA